CCAGAGCUGGUUAAAAUGGAUCAGUCCGUGGUGCACCUCUGGGUGAAAACGGAACCCUUCAUAGUGGGGGCUUUGCAGAUCCCCCCUCCAUCCAAGUUCAGCAUGCACUAUCUCCGGAAGAUGUCCACGUAUGUCCGGACGCGGGCCAGCGAGGGCUGUUAUCCACGCCUUUUCUGGCCUAUGUGGCGACACAUUGCCUGUGGGAAGCUGCAGUUAGCCAAGGAUUUGGCCUGGCUCUACUUUGAGAUAUUUGACAGUCUAGUGGAACGGACUCCAGAGGAACGUCUGGAAUGGGCAGAGGUGGUGUCCAGCUGCACGUCAGAAGAGGAACUAGAGAAGCAGAGGAAUAAGCUGUCAGUAGACACUUUGCAGUUCCUGCUGUUCUUGUACAUUCAGCAGCUAAACAAGAUUUCCUUGCGGACAUCUCUGAUUGGAGAAGAGUGGCCAAGUCCCAGGGACAAAUCUCAGUCUGACAACCUGACUGGAAAAUCCACCUGUCAAAAUAAGAACUGGAAUGAUUACACCCACCAAGCGUUUGUGCAGAACCACCUGUUGGAUCUGCUGGAACUGCUACUGGACCCGGACCAGCUCACGGCCUCUUCCCAUUCCACUCACGGUAGCCUGGUCUCCCUUGAAGCUGUUCGAGCUCUCAGCUUUCUCAUUGAGGGGACUGUGAACAAAACCAGGACUGUCCAUCCUCUUCAUGAGCUUGCUCUCUGGCAGCCCUUGCAUGUGAAGAACGGCUACUCGAAGAUUACCAAAGCCUUCUCUUUCCCCAAGCUAGAGGUCUGGCUGAGGGCCUGCCUGACUGGGAGCCCAUUUGGGACAUCUGCCUGCCUCAAGUCUGGGAAGAAACUUGCGUGGGCACAGCAAGUUGAAGGAACAACCAAGAGAGCAAAGAUUGCCUGCAAUGCCCAUGUGGUUCCUGAGGUUCACCGCAAUGUGGUGAUGAGCCAAGUCUACAAACAGACGCUGGCCAAGAGCUCGGAUACCCUGGUGGGUGCUCAUGUGAAGAUCCAUCGCUGCAAUGAGUCCUUCAUAUAUCUGCUCUCCCCUUUACGAUCUGUGACCAUUGAGAAGUGCAGGAAUAGCACUUUUGUCCUGGGCCCUGUGCAGACGGCCAUUCACCUCCACAGCUGUGAUAAUGUCAAAGUCAUUGGCAUCUGCCACCGUCUGUCUAUCUCUUCUACAACAGGCUGCACCUUCAACAUUCUCACACCUACACACCCUCUCAUUCUCUUGGGUAACCACGCAGUAACUUUUGCCCCUUAUCACACCCAUUACCCAAUGCUUGAGGACCACAUGGCCCGGAUGGGCCUGGCUACAGUGCCUAACUACUGGGACAGUCCAAUGCUGGUGUGCAAAGAGAACAGUGAUGCCAGUGUCUUCCAACUCUUACCCCCCAGUGAGUUUUAUACCUUUGUUAUUCCUUUUGAGAUGGAAGGAGACACGACAGAAACACCUGGGGGGCUGCCACAUGCAUACCAGAAGGCACUGAGUCAACGAGAGCAGAAGAUACAGGUUUGGCAAAAAACUGUGAAGGAGGCAGGACUAACCAAGGAUCAGAGGAAGCAGUUCCAGGUGCUGGUGGAGAACAAAUUCUAUGAAUGGCUAAUUCACACAGGACAUCGUCAGCAGCUGGACAGCCUUGUGCCUCCUGCAGCAGGCUCCAAGCAAGCAGCAGGAUAGGAUGCUCUUCUUUAACUGAAGGAAAGGAAGGCGUUGUGAAGAUGGAUGGUGACAAACUGACGGUGGUUUCCAGUGAACACUUUGGGGCCAUGCUGGUUAGACACUCCUGUGGUGUU